AAACCGGCAUCUCUCUUCCCCUCCCUACCCAAGAAAACACACACAAAUUCCAGAGAGAGAAAGACUAACAGAGAGAGAGAGUCAUGAAGAAAUUGAUAGUAGUGCUACUCUGUGCCACUUUUCAUAUUGCAUUUUCUUUAAUUGAUGGACAACUGCCCAAUGGCAACUUUGAAUUUGGGCCGAAGCCCUCGCAAAUGAAGGGCACGAAGGUGAUGGACCCCCACAGCAUACCGCACUGGGAGACGUCCGGUUUCGUGGAGUACAUAAAGUCGGGGCAAAAACAAGGCGACAUGCUGCUGGUGGUGCCAGAGGGUGCCUCGGCUGUUCGGCUAGGAGACGAGGCAUCCAUCAAGACCAAGGUUAAGGUGAAGAAUGGGUUGUUUUACUCAGUUUCUUUCAGUGCAGCAAGGACUUGUGCACAAGAAGAGAAGCUGAAUGUGUCCGUUUCACCCAAUUCAGAGUCCAUGGAUUGGGGGAUUUUGCCUAUGCAGACAGUGUAUAGUAGUGAUGGAUGGGACUCUUAUUGUUGGGGUUUCUUGGCCCAAUCCAAUGAGAUUGAGAUUGUGAUCCAUAAUCCAGGAGUUGAGAAGGACAAAGCUUGUGGCCCACUAAUUGAUUCUGUUGCACUCAAGGCCUUGUACACUCCUAAGAGACAAAGAGGUAACAUGUUGAAAAAUGGGAACUUUGAAGAGGGUCCAUACAUCUUCCCUAACACUAGUUGGGGUGUUUUGAUUCCUCCCAACAUUGAGGAUGAUCACUCUCCACUGCCUGGAUGGAUGAUUGAGUCCCUCAAAGCCGUGAAGUAUAUAGAUUCUGAUCACUUUGGGGUGCCAGAAGGAAAACGGGCAGUAGAGUUGGUGGCAGUAGGGAAAGGGAGGGAAAGGGCGUUAGCACAAACUGUGAGAACCGUGCCUGGAAAAACAUACGACCUCAUAUUUUCAAUAGGUGAUGCUAAGAAUUCUUGUGAAGGAUCCAUGAUGGUUGAGGCAACUGCAGGAAAAGUCAUCCUCCAAGUUCCUUACGAAUCAAAGGGAGCUGGAGGGUUUAAACGUGCUAAGCUGAGGUUUAAAGCCAUUUCAACUCGAACUAGGAUCAGAUUCUUGAGCACAUAUUACCACAUGAAGAGCGAUAAUUCUGGGUCUCUAUGUGGUCCGGUGAUUGAUGACGUGAAGUUGGUCGGUGUUCGACGUCCAGGACGUGUCUGAUCGUGUUUAGAAUAUUAUCAUUAUGCGAUUUAUAUGAUAUUUAUCUAUGUUAUUAUCUAGCUUGAAAAAUUUUUCCCUUCUUUCCCCUAUGGAAAAUGAGGUAAAACUUGUUUUACGGUGGUUUUACAUGUAACUAUGUUCAUCUAUCUUUUAGCAUUUAUAUAAUUCUAUGUUAGUUCAAUUUCUUUA